UUCAGUAGCAAGUUUAGUUACUAAAAGCCACAAUCAACCAUGCGUUUUCUGGUAGUCUUGGCCUGCCUGGUGGCCGUUUGUGCCGCCAGCACUCUGCCCAACAAGGUGCAGCAGCGUCUUCUUGAGAUGGCGGAUCAGAAUGGUGACAUUGAUCUGUUCGUGGAGCCCGAAGUGGGCGUAGAAGUUGCCCCCCAGUUCAUUGUGUCCUGGCAGGCGCGUCGCUUCAUCCGCAAGCUCCAGAAGCAGAUGGAGUGCGGAUGGCCCCAGUAUGGCAUCCCAGUGCUGGCCCCUCUGCGCAUCAACGAGAUCGACCUGGACUUCAAGAAGGGCAUCUUCGAGACCGUGAACAACGUGUUCCGUCUUAAGGUUGCCGGAUUGGAUGACUUCCAGAUCAAGAAGUUCAAGCUGAACGUAAUCACCAGCAAGGUGACCUUCGAUUUCCUGUUCGAGAACAUCGAUACCACCGCCCAGAAGUACAGCACCGACACCGUGAUCGAUGCCCUGCGUCAGUUGGGUCUGUCUGUGGAGUACGAGGGAUCCGGAGAGCUGUUGUUCGACCUGAUCAACCUGCGCAUUGCCGGCACCCUGAAGUACAAGCUGCCCAUGCUGUGGGGAUCCGCCAAGAUCACCUCGCUAAAGACCACCAUCUCCCUGGAGUCCGUCACUUCGGACAUCUCUGGAUUCAUGGGCGACGGCAAGAUCAACCGCGCCAUUAAUAGCCAGCUGGAGAACAUCGUGGUGAAGGCCAUCAAUGACAACCAGGAUACCAUUUCCGAUACUAUUGAGGACGCCAUCGUGACGCCAGUGAACAAAGCCCUCAAGGGCAAGGACUUCUGGACCGUCGUGGACCUGAUCCUGUCCAGCAGCGAUGGUGAGAGCGAGGACGAUCCGAUUGUCGUCGAUUGCGAUCCCGCUGACGAUCCCUGGGCCUAAGUUCAGAGACGGGCGUCAAUAAACACUGGUCGAUAUAUUCAA